GGUAUGGUAAGAACCUUUCAAAUCAAGUUGUUACAUGUAAGCCUAUUCUAACUCUUCCUUGCAGGUCUGCUUCCCCAUCAGGUCAGCGUCAUUCUCCCAUAUCCUCCAGACAUCACUCCUCUUCGUCACAGUCAGGCUCGUCUGUUCAAAGACAUUCUCCUUCCCCACACCGCAAAAGAACUCCUUCUCCAUCUUACCAAAGGACAGCUUCCCCACCCGUAAGGCGAUCAGCUUCUCCCUAUCCCCCACACUCUUCCUCGUCUCCUCAGAGGAAGCGAAGCCCUUCGAGACACCGAUCUCCUGGAAGAGAAAAGGGAAGACAUGAUCGUGAUAGGACUUCGCAGUCUCAUGAUAGGCGCCAUGAAAGGCGGGAUGAAACUAGAGGGAAAAGGGAAAAAGAAAGAGAAACAAGAGAUGAUCGUGAUUAUGACCAGGAGCAGAGUACCUCCAGGGAUCACAGAGAUGACAGAGAGUCUCGUGAUGGAAGAGAUCGGAGGGAGACAAGAGACACGAGAGAUCGGAGGGAGCCAAGGGAAUCCAGAGACACGCGAGACUCCAGAGAUACGAGGGAUUAUAGCAGAGAUACCAAAGAUAGUCGUGAUCAGAGAGACUCACGCUCCACACGAGAUUCCCAUGACUACAGAGACAGGGAGAGUCGCGAUACCCACAAAAAGGAUGACCAAUAUCAGGAGGACUCACGCAGCUAUGGAAGAUCCCAUGGCAGAGAGGAGAGCUCUCGUGCUGAAACAAGGAAUGACUCCAGAAGUGACUCCAGAAAUGAGAGCAGAAGUGAUAGAACUGGCAGAAGUCGAGGCAGAGGUCCAGAAUUGUCUGACAAGGGAAGUCGGGGGACUAGAGGAUCUCAGGUUGAUGGUCACAGCAGUAGUGGAAACUACCAUGACAGCUGGGAAUCAAGAAGCAGCUACCCUGAUCGGGAUCGCUAUGACAGUCGAGAACAAGCAAGGGAUUCCUCUUUUGAAAGAAGACAUGGUGAACGGGACAGGCGUGACAACAGAGAAAGAGAUCAGAGAGCAAGCACACCAGUACGACAUCAAGGACGAAACGAUGACCUCGAGCGGGAUGAAAGAAGAGAAGAGCGAAGGGUGGAUCGGUCUGAUGAUAGGAGAGAUGAAAGGGCCCGGGAGAGAGAGCGAGAAAGGGAGAGGGACCGAGAGAGGGAAGGAGAGAGAGACCGGGAAAGAGAAAGGGAGAAAGAAAGAGAGUUGGAACGAGAUCGUGCUCGGGAACGGGAGAGGGAGAGGGAGCGGGACAAAGACAGGGACCGUGAGCGUGACCGAGACAGGGACCAUGACAGGGAAAGGGAACGAGAGAGGGAGAGGGAGAAGGAGCGAGAGCGAGAGCGGGAGGAACGAGAAAGGGAGCGGGAGCGCGAAAGAGAUCGAGAGCGGGAACGAGAAAGGGAGAGAGGUCGGGACAGGGAUAAAGAAAGAGACCGCCAGAGAGACUGGGAUGACAAAGAAAAAGGAAGAGAAGACCGCAGAGAUAAGAGAGAAGAUAUCCGAGAGGAAAGAAGUUCCAGAGAUAUCCAUGAGGAAAGAAAGUCCAA